AUGUUCGGCUCAUGCUUGGAUGUGGACACUAUCAAGGGCAUUAUAGAGCAGGCUCAGCACAAGGACAUCUUCAUGUAUACAGAAUUUCUCAAGCUGUAUCACAACCUUCCCCGCGACAUUGCCACGUACGACCUCGGCAAAGUCAAUAGCAUGCCUAUCCGACUGAAGUUUCACCUGUAUAAUAAUGAGAGCAUGGUCAAUUACCCAGGUGAUGAAUGGGACGAGGAUCCAGAACUGGCGCCAGCCGACAAGUACUGGAUAGCACCGCCGAGGAAGUGCCGAGGAGAUGUGGAUCACGAGGUUCAAGAUGUCGGGAUUUUUGACGAUAAUUACACUACUCUCCUGUACCGAGAAUUCUUCGCUCUUCAGCCGAUCAGCAGCAACGACAGCCUGACCUUCGGACUCCAACUCGGCUACAUCGAAUAUCAGUUAGAGGCCGAGUGGCUGCCCACACCGAUGGUCAUCUUCCGCGAAUUCGUGCCACAGACCUUGGCAUAUGGAAAGCUUUUCUUCAUCAACCUCACUACGGUGCAGCGCUACGAAUGCCUCUCUGAGGAGUACAUCGACUGUCCUAUCACGAGCUACUUCCAGGACCUUACCGAGAUCAGUCAUGAGGGAAUAGCAAUUAGGAAGUUUUCUGGAGUUGCGGCGCCAAAGCGAGAACCCAAGGCAAGCUUUGUCGCUUAUCCGGUCAAGACCGACUACGAACGGAAUAUGCUGCACAGGAUGGCUACUCCUGCCAAUUUGCUCUUUACCAAAAACUGGCAACCUUUGGUGCGUGACCUUCUAUCUCCCAAGGCCUCCGGGAACAACAAAACCGGAAAGAAAAGGGCGCGAACUAUAUCAACACUUGCACCUGUUGUGAAGAAAAGAAUUGAGCACUUGUAUAACUGGCUGCAAGUUUCGCUCUCUUAUCUGGAGAUCUUCGAGAAGGUCUUCAACGAUAUCCCAAAGAAGCCUAGCAUUAGUAUGUACUCGGAAACAGGAGCACUGAACACGGCUAACAUUCUAGGCUCGGCAUACCGCUUCAUCCUUCGAUGCUCUUGGGACCAUGCCACCAUCUUUGAACCAACGCGAAAGAUGGUCACGUUGCUCUUGAAUGAAUACCCGGAGAUUUCGAGCCACCCUGCGUUCGAAGAAGGGCAGGUGGAUGAGAUGAAUAGGAGAGUUUCGAUGCUCAACCAGGACAUCAUGGGGCACUUGGAGAAUCUGAAAGAGGCCGCUGGAAUCCCGAGAUCGUUCGACUUCAUCCCAGGCACCACGCCAAUCCCCACCCAAUCUGCGCACGAGCUUCUAAUCGACAUGUGUGCCAUACAAUGCCAGGAAGCCCUCAUAAAGACCUCGGCAAUACCAGCGCCGUACGACCUUCUGGCCGUUGUUGCCUUUCUCGACAAGGACCUUCGGACACGCCUGAAGGAACUCCAUGACAUGCAUCUGCCCGUCCUCCAGAACCUUACCGUCUCCGAAUGCUGCCAGCCCCGAACCACCCAUAUCUGCAUGUCCUGUGGCUUCACAGGUGGCACAAGUCCAAAAGCCGACAUUACCGAAGUCAAGAAAUGCCUUCAAGUCGUCUGGGAUGCCCGCAAGCCACCCGACAACCCAUUCUGGGACGCAUCAGCCAACACUUAUUAUGGCUACCAAGUCCCGAACAAAGAGAAGUUAACGCGCGAGGACUUGCCCGAAACCGGACCUCAAUACAUGAUCGGGCAUGUUGGCCAGGCCGUUGACGACAAAUUCCAAACUCUAGCGGCCUGCCCUGUAUGCGAAAGUGCCUGGGCGUACGUCGAGCUCGACCAAACACUGACUUACGAUCAACCUUUCCAUCCUGGCUUGUGUGCGGAGUACACCACGGCUAUCUUAUGUCAUUCUCGUUGUUCUCGGCUCCUUCCCGUCCAGCAGCUCUUUCAGCAGAUUAAAGGGGUUGUUGAUGAGCGUAUUGCUUCGUACGGAUUGCCCGCCUUGGAGGAAUAG